AUGAACUCACGUGAAUAACAAAUUAUAAAUGAUGAUGUAGUCAUAUCUUCUGAUGAAGAGGAACAAAUUUCAAUGAUUAUUGAACAUGAUCCCACAGGUCGAUUCUGCAAAGUAUUUAUAAACUUUUAUAUUUUAGUAUAAUGAAGAGAUUGGUAAAGGAGCUUACAAAAAUGUAUAUAGAGGUUAUGAUAAUGAAAGUGGAUGUGAAGUUGCAUGGAAUGUGUUUUAAUUAACGAAUGUGUCUGAAAGUAUUAAAUUGAAAAUAAUAAGAUGAGAGAAGAAGAGCAAAAUAAGAAAUUGCAAUUUUGAAAAGUCUACAACACAAUAAUAUUAUUCGUUUUAUACAUUCUUGGUAAAGUAAAUCAAAGAAGGAAAUAGUUUUUAUUACUGAAAUUGUAAAUGGAGGUUCAUUGAAAAGGUAAUCUUAUAAUAAAAUUAUAUAGUUAUAUAAGAAGAAUAAAAAGACCUAAAUUAAAGGUAAUACGAUAUUGGUGUAAACAAAUUUUAGAAGGAAUAGAAUUCAUGCAUUCUUAAAAUAUUAUACAUAGAGAUUUGAAAUGUGAAAACAUUUUUAUUGAUACCAAUAAUAACGAAUUAAAAAUUGGGGAUCUGGGAUUGUCUAUUUAGUAAAUAAACUUUAUUAAAUAAGAGAAUGUAAUCUCAUUAUACAAGUUCCGUUUUAGGCACUCCAGAAUUUAUGGCUCCUGAAAUAUAUUAAGGUAAUUAUAAUACAAAAGUGGAUAUUUAUGCAUUUGGAUUAUGUGUUUUAGAAAUGGUAACUGGCUUAAAGCCUUUUAGUGAAUGCAAAGGAGGCACAGCUUAAAUAAUAAAAAAAGUAAUGGAAUCUUAAAAACCUUAAAGUAUAGAAGCCAUUUUAAAUGAAAAAAUAAAAACAAUCAUUUUUGAGUAUAAAUUUAAAUUAUAUAUAAAGAUGUCUCAAACCUCCAGAUCAAAGACCUACAGCUACUUAAUUAUUGAAUUAAUACUUUUAAUCUACUUUUUUAGAUGAUGAUAAUUUACCUGUUCCCAUCAAUGAAUCUUUGCUUAUUUAAAUUACAAAUGAUAGCAAAAGUAUACAAUCUAAAAUAUAUUUAGAUUCUUCUGUUUUAAAAUGUAUUCCAUCUAAAAAUAUAAGUGAAUAGAAAGGAACUAAUAACUAAAUUCUAGUUAUAAAUUAAUCUUAUAAACUUAAUUCUAAUAAUAUCCUUUAAGAAAUUAAUCCUAAUUCAAUGAAAUAAAAUGAAGUUAAAUUCAAUAAAUUAAGUAUUGAUACUAAUGAUGAUUAUUCAGUUGAAUAAUAAUUUACUAAGUAGUAUAGAGAAUAUUAUGUAUGAUUAAAUAUUAUAAAAGUUAACUUAAAAUGAUGAAACUUUAUAAGAUCUUGAAUAAAGAUAAGAGAAGGAACUUUAAUUACUUAUGAAUAUUCAUAAAUAAUAGAAAAUUGAACUUUAGAAUAAAUAAUCUUUAAUUAAUAGAGUACCUGUCAUUCCUUAAGGAUCAGGAUUCUUAUCACCAAAAUCAUUUUUUACAUUAUUUGAGUAUAACAGCAACGAUUUUUAACAUUAAUAAAUAUCAUAAUAAUAAUAAUUAUAAUCACAUUUUGCUUUGAAAAAAUAAGAUACAUUUAGUUAAGAUGAAGAUGGGGUUAAAAGAAAUGAAUUAAAAAAUGAUACUAUCAGUACUAAUCAAUCGGUAUUUUAUAUUAUAAUUUAUUUAGCAACAAUAAUGUAAAUUUAAUACAGACGUUGCGUUGUAAUCGAAGUCAUAAAGUAUUCGACCAAUUAUAUAAAGUUGA